UUCCAUUCUACCUAUUGAGAGCUAGGCAGAGCGACAGAAGAAGAAAACAAGUAGUAUAGCCUUCACUUCGCUGUGGUUUAACUUCCCAUUUUACUCAUAAACGGAUUUUCCUACAUUGAAGUAGACUAUAGGAAGUGUGUGUUGAAUGCGGACAGGACUGCAGCGACACGUCCCGAGAAGGUGUGAUCCUUUACAGUCUAUGGUGUGAUCAUGGCCUCUCCAGUUUCACCGAGAGGGCAUUUGAAAGAGGCCGAGGAACUGGCCCUCUCUCUAAGUGAAGCCCUCAGCCGUGGAGACGGACAGGAAGCAGGAAAACUGUGUGAAAAACUGUCACAACUCUCUGUUCCAGUAUCUGUCAGUGUCAACACUCAGGCCUACCCUCAGGGCUCCAUAAGGUUGAAGGUUGGAGUGGAGGACGCUCAGUCAGAUAACUACAUCCAAGUGACUGUUCUGGUUUCAUCUGACAUGACAAUUGCACAACUUAAAGACAAGUUCAGCCAUGACUUUGGGUUCGUCCCCUCUGUGCAGCGGUGGGUGAUCGGGAAGCGGUUGGCUCAAGACCACGAGACGCUGUUCAGCCACGGGGUCCGAAGUGACGGAGACCAGGUGUUCCUGUUUAUCCUCUCCGCCCAGGCUGCUCAUCUCACACAGCAGCAGCACAAGCUGGAUCAGGAGCAAGAACGCAUGGAUGGCAUCGUGAUGCAACUUUUUCCCAGAGGGACGGGAGGAGGUGGUGUUGAAAAGACAGCUCCAGACAAUAAACAAGUUCCUCCUCCUCUUCCUGCUAAACCCAACGUGCUUCCUAAACCUCAGUUGGGCUGGACCUGCUCUAUGUGUACGUUGUUGAACAAACCUACACGUCCUGGCUGCGAGGCGUGUGGAGGGGACCGGCCCGAGGAUUACCAGGUGCCUGACAUCUACAAACCAGACCAGCAGGAGAUUCUUCGGAUUCAACAGGAACAGUUGGCCACAUUGCAGUAUGAACAGGCUCAGCAGGAGGAACGUGAGAGGAACUACCGGAACUUGUUGGCAACAGAUGACCAAAGCCUUUUCCCCAACGCCUCAGAGGAAGAGUGUCCCAUCUGCUUCUCUCCCCUGCAGCCACAAGAGGGCAUCGUGCUCAGAGAGUGUCUCCACGUCUUCUGCAGGGAGUGUCUCAAAGGGACUAUAGUGAACAAUCGAGAUGCGGAGGUGUCCUGUCCUGAGAACUGUGACAGCAAGCUGCUGGACAGAGAGAUACAAGCGCUGCUCACAGAAGAGGAGCACCAGCGGUUUCUGGAGAUGCGUCUGAGCAUCGCAGAGAGCCGCUCCGAGCACAGCUUCCACUGUCAGACUCCUAACUGUCGGGGGUGGUGCAUCUACGAGGACGAAGUCAACGAGUUCCUCUGCGAGCUCUGCGAAGAAACCAACUGCAUCCUCUGCAGGGCCAUCCAUGAAGGCAUGAAUUGCAAGGACUACCAGGAUGACCUGCGUAUACGAGCGGAGAACGACGAGGCGGCUAUGAAAACUAAGCAGAUGCUAGAUAGCCUUCUACAGAAUGGGGAGGCCAUGAAGUGUCCACGGUGUGACAUCAUCGUCCAGAAGAAAGAUGGCUGUGACUGGAUCUGCUGUUUGAUGUGCAAGACAGAAAUCUGCUGGGUCACCAAACAAGCUCGCUGGGGACCAAAUGGAAAUGGCGACAUAUCUGGAGGCUGUGGAUGCCGAGGCAAUCGGCAGCCGUGCCAUCCCAACUGCCAAAACUGCCACUGAGGGAAGGAGACUAACAAACACUCUUAAAAUACAUCUUGCCACAUAGACACAAGCUAUACAAACGAUAUCUCCUACAUCUCCUCAAUAAGCUUUAAAGGGAUUUUCUGCUCUAUUCAGAAUAUUUUGUCAUGAUAAAUGAAUCCGCUAUUUACAUUUUGACCUCUGGCUAUUAGUUUCUUUACAAUUCAUAUUGAUGAGCCAGCAAUCAUUGUGCAUUUACUCUGGUUUAAUUAAGAACUCUGAUAGGAUUAUACUAAAAAAGUAUAAACAGAAGUUACCAAAAAGAUAAUAACUCCACAAAUAAUAAAAUCCCAUUGUUUUUUUCCUGUGUGUACUACAGUUACAACUAACAAUAGCAUUAAUUCAUUAAUCAUGAUCAACUCUUAUCCAGGACUACAGACAAAAGAACAAUUGCUGGAUACCAAAGUGAUGUCUUCCUAUGUGAAUGUAUGUUUGCUGCUUUUGCUUAAUAAGUGACAACGUUUAUUUGUUUUCAGUUCUGUAAAAGAAAGCCAUUUUCUUUGAGUUACCUAAUUAGACUGUGGUGAAGGAUGUUGUUUACGUUGAAUGGAAGGACUUGAAUUAAGUAUCAGUUUGAAAUAAGGGGAGCUGGACACAUAAUGAUGCUGUGAUGCUUUUAGGACUUUAACUGAAAGUGUUCAUCCCUCAAUAAGUACAGUACCAAAUGGGCUAUUACAUAUACAAUAUAUUUUGGGAAUGUCUUGUAUCCAUGGAGUGUGUUGAUUGUCUCUCCAUUAAACUGCC